GACGAUCAGGACGAUGCCAAAAUGAGUACAUUCUUAGAUUAUUCAGUGAUGAGCGGCGGAGACGGCGGUGGCGGGGGCUCCUGCUCUGUCAGGGCAUUCCAUGCUGAUCACGGAAUUACAACUUUCCAGUCGUGUUCUGUCACGGUAAAUAACCGCAGUGGGAACGACCGGUUUAUAUCCGGCAGAGGCUCACCGAACGCUGUAUCAAAUAACCCACAGCGAGCCGGUUCAUACCAGUCCUCCGGGACACUGUCAGUUGCCUAUGGUGCCCAUCCAACUUACGGGACUCAAAGUUUUUGCGCCGGUUAUAAUCACUAUACCCUGAACCAGGACGCCGACUCAACUGCAGGGUUCUCUCAGUGUGGCCCGCUGGUUUACUCCGGAAACAUUGUGCAGCACCAUCAUCAUCGCCAUGGUUACAACAACAGCAACGCGCACUUGCAUGGACAACUCCAGUACGCGGCAGCUACAUAUGGUCAUGGCCAGGAUCAGGCAAAUCUGACGUUUGUGGCGGGCUGCUCAAAUUCUCUCUCUCCUCUGCAUGUAACUCAUCUCGAGGCGUGUUGUUCACCUCUCUCGGAUGGUGCGUCCACAGCGCAGACGUUUGACUGGAUGAAAGUUAAACGGAACCCGCCAAAAACAGGAAAAGUAGGAGAGUAUGGUUAUGGUGGCCAGCCGAACACUGUUCGCACUAAUUUCACCACAAAACAGCUGACCGAACUGGAAAAAGAGUUUCACUUCAACAAGUACUUAACGCGCGCCAGGCGCGUGGAGAUAGCUGCUGCGCUCCAGCUGAACGAGACUCAGGUGAAGAUCUGGUUUCAAAACCGUCGCAUGAAGCAGAAGAAGCGCGAGAAAGAGGGUCUGUUGCCCAAAACCACGUCUGAAGCGGGAGAUGGUGCAGAAAAGGUUGAAGAUGCAUCCGAAAAGUCUCUCUCCGCACCGUCAACGCCGUCUCCUGCACCCUCGGCGGUUGACCCCUACUCCUCGGGCUAAAAGGCGUGAUCAUUGUGUUCUGCUGAUGGGAUAAUAAGUACCAGUACUAUAACUCUGGCCGCAAAGUUAUAGCAGUGAUGAAAGUAUAUAACGGGACAUGUUCGGAACUGUCUGACACAAUGCACUCUUCUUAGUUUUGUGUAUUCGGUGUAUUGUGUUGUUGUAAGAGAUUCUGGAUCCAUAGUCAGUUUUUCCAUUAAGUGCAUUUUUAUGCACAAAAGGGCAUAUGCGGUGUUAAUGCAAAUGCCUUUGGACGAACGUAGCUUGCACCACGUCAUAAUGCCUACCUCAUAUAGCUUACCAAAGGAUCGAAGGUCAAAGUGCAAUAGAACAUACUGAGCCUAUUUUAAAGGGGGAGAUAGACCGGAACCGUUGUCGGUAACAUCUGCCUAAAUCAGACAGGCUACUUUGUCUUAACAGCCUCUGUCUCAGGGGUUGUAUGUGGAGACAAAGCAAGCUGCUCUAGUGUUUCGUGUGACUUUUGCAUGAUGCUAAACACUCAGCCUAUGUGACAAAUCGCGCUGAGUUUUAUCAGUCGAGGAUGAUGGCUUUAGCUCAUUAAUCGUGAUUUGGAAAAAGUGUGAAACCUUAUAGAAAUACGGGUCAAUAUCUGUGUAAUAAACAGCUUUUUUGUUACAACAUAGUUUUAUGGCC